AUGUUUCGACGAAAAAAAGAUCGAAACGUAUUAGCAACCAAAGAAAAUUCUAAUAAAUUGCCGAUGGAUAGCUCAGAAACCAUUUCUGCUACUCCACCUCCUAUAAAUGCAUCAUUUCAAGUAUCAUCCAUAGCGGAUGAUGCAUUCGAAAAUGAUUAUCCAAUAGUCGAUGAAAGGGAGUUUCGUCGAGCUCUUGAUCGGUGUUAUACGCAGUCGCAAAAUGGGAAUGUAUGUAAAUUAAAUUUUAGUAAAAUACCUGCACGUACUGCGUUCGAGAAUUUGUUAGAAGAAAUGGGAAUUGAAAUCUGCACAAGUGGUGGUGAUGAGAUAUCAAUAUAUCUAGCAAAUAGUUUUCAUGAUCUGGUAAUGAAAUUGGAUGUAUAUUGCGAAGAAGACAAUAAAAGAACGAAUUUCUUCAAUCUUUUCGAGAAUGAAAUUGUUGAACAAUCUAAACUUAGAAUGUAUUUAUCACCUUCCGCUACCGAAGAGGGAUAUGUGGAUACAUUUAUGCGAGCCCUGUUACUGUCAAAUUCAUCACAAGCCGUCACAUUCGAUUUAAUGCUUAGAAGGAUUGAGGCUUAUGCAAAAAGCGUUACUGGUGAUUUCAUGGAGAAUGACCGCCUUGCACUUGCCUGUAUUGCACAGUUUCGUUAUUUGGAUAGUAUAUAUGACUGUGAACGGAUUUUUAAUUCAGUUUUUGAUUGUGAUUUGGAGAGUUGGCGUUGUGCACCACGUGAUGCUUUGAUACAAGUUCUACCGGAAAUUCUACCUAGUCACAUUGUUCAGCAAGAUACUGCAAAUAAUUUGCAACAAAUGUUCCUGAGGAGAGUCAGUGACAAUUUACUAGCCUUCCGAGUCACUAUCCUUCAGACACUCCUUUUACUUCGUACUGAUGAACAAACAACAAAUAGAAUUCGUGGAAUCAUGUUGCAAAACCUAAUGAAAUUGAACAUGGAAAUUUUGCCGGAAUUGGUAGCAUAUUGCUUGGACAGUAUUCAAAAAAAUGAAAAAUUUGCCUUCCGAAACAUCCUCUGCAGUCUUCGAGUACAUCUGCAGAUAGAAAAUUUAAAAAGUACAGAAACAGGAACAGGUAAGAAAACGGUUGGCCAAGUACUAACCGAAAUCUUCGAAAUAAUUUUAAAGAAGAUGAAGAGCAGUGAUGGACGUUAUUGGAAGGACACAGUGGUUAUGUUAACCAUCGAAAAACAAGAGCAAAAUGAUGAGAAAGAUGAAAGAGGUGAUAUUGACGAAUCUAUGGAAGAUCUUGUUCCAAUUGCAAAAAAGGUGCCGGUUCUUUUUGAUGUUUUAUUUUAUUUUGCUUUGAUGGAUGUGAGUAAUUGGAGCCAUACAAUCCAUAAUAUCUUCAAACAACAAAUUUUAUGCAAUCAACAUUUUCAGUUGGAACAACUUGUUAUAUUAGCUUUUGAAUACACGGAGUUUAUCAUGCAUUUUUUUCAAUCAGUCUGUAAUUUUUUUGAAAAUUUGAUGUGGUCUCCGAUGACAGUUUAUAUGCAAUUUGGAGCUCAUGGAUAUAAAACACUGUUUUUAAAACUUCCGUCGGAGCAAUCAAGGAUUUUCGAUCACAUUAUUCAACAUUUAAAUGGAACGGAAGAAGAAAUCACCACAACGCUUUCAAUGUUGCAGAAUAUCGCGGAAAAUCAUGCUGGAGAAAUGGCCAAGUUCUCUCUUGUCCUUAGUAAAAAAAUACCAUGUCUAAUUAAUUUUUCUUUCGAUAAUGUAUGUCGAUUUUUUAAUAUAUUGCUUUUGGUGGAACGAACUGCCGAACAGUCACAAAUUACUGAAAAACACAAGGGAUUGGAGUUCGAAAUUGAGCAGAUGAUAUCUUCUUCUUUGAUUAGGGAGAAAGUAUGGGGAAUUCUUGGUAUCUUAAUGCAGUUGCAACAAUAUCUUAUGAAUAAGAGAUUAAACAUCGAAGAUCGUGAAAGCAUGCUGAAACAAAAGUUAACAUUGCUGGAUGAACGAACAAAACAUAAUAGUUAUUUGCGCACUUGUUUCUAUCAUCAUUUUGCAAGGAUCCUGAAUACCAGUACCUCAAUUGGACACAGCACUGUUUUGGUUGUCUGGGCUGAAAGACUAUGUUUAGAAUUCAGGCGAGAUUAUCUAAAGCAACUUGAACGAAAUUCUACGCAAUGCCGCUUGGAAGAUGAACGCUAUACUAAUUCACUACAUAAAGAGUGGUUUUGUCUAAGCGAAUUGGUGAAACAUUCCUCGAAAAUGCCCGAUUCAGAAAGUCGAGUUUUUGAACCAGUUGCUCACUUUCAACUUCUUUCAGCGCUUACAGGCCUGAAGUAUUUAUGGUCCAAUAAACAACAUAGUGAUGGUUUUCUUGUGGAACUUCGCUUUAUAUUAGAAGCGAAUAUUUCAAUGAUUGAGAUUGAUCUGGAAACGAAAGACAAGCAGAACAGAAUUACAAAUUGUGAUAUUUUUUUUUUCUGCAUUCAGUGGAUCCGUUUGAUGUUAAAUACAUUUGCUAAAAGUGAUAACAAGAUAUUAGAAGAUAAGGAAUAUAUCAAUGCCAUAUUACGCAAAAGAUUUGCAUUAAUGAUGGAGUGUCAGAAGAGUCUGAAAUACACUAUUCAAAAAAUCGGAGAGUAUAAGAUGCCAUGUAUGCUGAAUUUUGAACAAAUUGAAUUAAUAGUGUUUUACGAUACUCCUAAAAAGCCAUCGUCUAUUAAAAGUCGAAAAAAUGCAGUCAGUGAUGAUGGAAAAAGGGAUGAUGAAGAUGACAAUGGGGCGAAAUAUAUGGAUGACGAAGAAAGCAAGCUAAAUGAACUGAUGGACAAAGAAAACGGAGAUUUACCAAGAAAUACUACUCAAACAAAAAUUAACGAAGGGAAAAUUAUUGAGAUUGAGCAACUUAAACGGAGAAUAACUAAAAGUAUGGGUCAACAAAGGCUGGUUGCUGAAUCACAGUUGUUGUCUUUUCUCAUGCCACUUAGUUUUGCUUCUAUCAUUCACUUAAUUGAAUUGUUGCCAAAGAAGAGGAAACAAACAACGUUUUUACUAGAAACUUUAGGCAGAUUAUUGGAAGAAAUUUUACCCAAAAAAAGCAAGAAAAUACCACUCUUAUUGGUAGCCCGAAAAACUGCUACAAAAAAGUUUUUGGAGAAUUACAAUCCAAAGAUUAUUUGGCAUUUAAUUCAAUCCGUUAUUCCAACCUUAUUUGCUAUUUUAAACGGUGCAGUGGACUAUUUUAAAAACAUCAUGAAUACAUCCUUCGUCUUCGAUGCUACCAAACGCACCUAUUACAUUGACAUGAGCGCUCUCAUGCAUUCAUCACUAGUCCUUUUUUAUAAUAUAUUUUCAUCUGUGGAUUUUAUGAAAACAUCCAAAGAUGGUUCAGAAGGGGAAGAAAGAUCUCAUUAUUUAAAAAUGGAACGUCGAAAAUCACUUAUGGAGAAGUUGGAAAGAGCGAUGAUUGAUGCUGCUGUCGUUGAAGAUACACAAGGAGUAGAUGAUGCAGAGGAUGUUGUUUCCAACUAUUUUAUAAGUUUUUCUGAGAUUGUUCCUACACUGGACUGUGCUGUUUCUCUACUUCAGUUACUUUCCUGUGAUUUCAUUGAUGAACGACAGAAAUCCAAAGUUGCAAAAUCAGCACUUGCGUAUUUAAAAAGAGAAUGGUCUGAUGUAGAGGAAAGACCGGUGAAAGGUGCAAUAUUUAAUCAAGCGGUUGCAAAUAUUUUGAGAUUAUAUCUUUCAUUUCGGGAACAAACUGAGCGACUUUCUGCGAUUCAGUGGCUGUUAGCAAAUAAAGUAUCUGAGUUAGUUCCAGAAGAUGAGCGGCGACGAAGUAAAAUUUCAUCAUUAGAAUCAUGUCACGACAAGGAUUUGAAUGAUGAUGAAAGAUCUCUUUUUAUGUGUUUUAGCAAAACUACUUUUGCUUCCGUUUAUAAAGUUUUGUUCUGUUCACUGAAUGAAACUAUCAAAAAUGUUUUGUCAUUGCAAGCGAUUGAGAGGGGCAAAUUACAGCAUGAUGAAUGCCUUGCAUUUUGGAAGGUUGCCACUAGUAGUUUCUGUUUAUUAACUCUACUAAUUCGUGUCAAGGAGUUGCGGAAUGCUAGUGUAUUGUUAACUGCUGCACGUGAAGGACGGUCAUUUUUGCAGAGUUUUGUUGUCAAGAGUUCUUUUAUGUAUUUGCUAUCUGAUGAAUCCAGAUUUGCAAGAUAUGGUGCAGAAGCAACUGCCAUUCUGAAAACGGUACAGAUUGGUAAUCGUUCAUUACAGAAUAUGAGUGCUCAUGCAAAGAGUACCAAAUGCAUAUCACUACUGAAGUUGUUACCUCAGCUGAGAGCAACAUCAGAGCAGUUUAUUAGAACAGUUCAUCAAUUGAUGAUUGGUGUCGACUGUGAUAGUGCAUUUCAAAUUGGACUGUUAAAGAGCAGAAAUUUAGAUGGUGAAGAACUGAAAGAAGUGGAAAUGGAAGUAGCAGAUUCUGGUGCUGAUGAUUCACAACAGGGUUCCGCAACUGGUGAAGAUGGGAACGGUGAUAUGGAACUUAUAGAGGAACAAAGCGAUACAGAUAUGGAUCUGAAUGAUGAUAGUCCAAUUUUUUAG